AUGAGUACCGCUAACCUAAGUACCUUAGAUAGGAUCCAACUGGAAAUCAAAGAGUCAAUUCAGCGUGAAAAAGAAUUGAAAAAUGGUUACCAUCAAACCAACAAUUACAAUUCCGAAAGUUUAUUAAACGGCUAUCAUGAGGAAUCGAAAAUAAAACCUGUACAAGAAUUGAAUAAUGGCACGAAUGGGUUUAGAAAAUUCAAACCCAGCAACGUAUCCAACAAAGGUGUCAUGCACAAGUUUUUGAAAUCUCGUGGACGCUUAUCUUUGUCAACAUUUAAUUCGAGUAGUAAUCAAAAUGCCUGGAACUCGGAUGCAACUUUUAAACCAGCUAAAAUAACUGUAGAAAAGGGCAGCAAACCUUUGAGAAACGGCUUUGUGUCAGCUGAGCAAAAAAUUACACGUGAACUGCAAGACUUUCAGCAAAGAGAAUCCAGGCUGAGGGAAGAAAGGAAAAAAAGUCAACCGAACCUAAUGGCAGCUCUACAGUUAGAAGAGGAUGAGGAAUUUAAUGAGACUUAUGGAAAUUUGAAUGGAGGACUUAAAUCUGCAAAAUCGAUGGGAAAUCUUUACAAUAACAGUGAUGAUGGGUUUGAAGAUAACAGUAGCUCGGCUGGUGGUAGUCUGAAACCAGCCAGGUCUUUGGCAGAACUUUGUGAUUUAUCUGAUGACGAUGAAGGUGGACUACCAGGUGAGUUAUUUUAA